AUGGGUCGUGUUCGUACUAAGACUACCAAAAGGGCCUCACGUGUGCUCAUCGAGAAGUACUAUCCGCGCCUCACGCUCGACUUCCACACCAACAAGCGUAUCAUCGAUGAAGUCGCCGUCGUCCCCUCCAAACGUCUCCGGAACAAAAUCGCUGGCUUCACAACCCACUUAAUGAAGCGUAUCCAGAAGGGCCCUGUCCGUGGAAUCUCCUUCAAGCUGCAGGAGGAGGAGCGCGAGAGGAAGGAUAACUACGUGCCUGAGGUGUCUGCCCUCGACACGAGCGUCAGCGGGCUGGAAGUCGACGGUGACACCAAGGACCUGCUCCACGCACUCAACUUCGACUCCGUCCCCGUCACUGUAGUCGUGCCUGUUGUUGCUGUGCCAGAACGCGGCCCCAGACGUGAGCGACGGAACGUUCCUGGUGCGGGCCGUUCGUAA